AUGGCAGAGUUUGGGUCUCCCCCAAGCCUGUUGGACCUGCCAACCAGUGCACUAGAAGCUGUGGCACGCGCUCUCUCUGGCAAUGCAAAGAAGCCGCUGCGAGCAAGCUGUAGGGAGCUGCGGGCUGCUGCCAACGAAACGAGCGACUUCUUGCGCAUCGAUAUCAGUGGGAAGGAGACAAUCCCAGGGUUCCAUCCCAUCCCACCCACAAUUAUGGACAGCCUUAGAAUCAUCCAGCUGGACAUCCCCUGGCACUGCAGCGAUGUCAGCCUGCCGGCCAGUGAGGACUUGGGCGCUCUCAACAUCCAGGCUGCCCCAAAAAUCUGCAUCGUGCAGGUGGCUGUCAGUGUGGACAGCAAGUCACAGGAGCAGACGCGGCUUGCGAGCGUGCACUUUGCGCUGCUGGUGGACGGGCUGAGAAGGGCGGGCAUCUGGGGUCAAGUUUGCGAGCUCCACUGCUCAUGCGAGCGCUGGCUGGGGCCGGAGGUCUCCUUUGGUCCGCAUGUAAGCGUGCGCGCACAUCUGCGGCUGUCGGAGCGCAAUGCGCGCCUGAACAGGAAGCUGCUGCGGGCGAUGCUGUCGCAGCCCAACCUGACCGAGCUCACCAUCUCCGACAUGCUGCCGCACGACGUGGACUCUGACCUGGUGCGCAUGCUGGGUGAGAGGCGGGGCAGCCUGCGGCGGCUGACGCUGCGCGCGUGCGACCUCACCGAGCACGACCCAGACGUGCCCCUCAUCUUUGACCUGCGCCCGCUCACUCAGGCGAAGCUGGAGCGGCUGGAGCAUUUUGCAGUGGACAGUGCAUAUGAGGGGCUGGUGGCAGUGGAUGGCCUGGAGACGCUGCUGACGCAUGAGCAGCUGCCGCGGCUGCGCUCGCUGGCGCUGUCGGGCCUCUCCCUGGUCCCCUUCUCCACGCUCCCCUGCGCAGACCACCAGCGCUACCUGCCCCGCGGCUGCGCCGAUCGGCCGCGCACGUACACGACGCUGCAAUUCCCCGCCGGCCCAGCCGUGUUCCCGGCCUUUGCCGCGCUGACGACCCUGGAGCUGAGCGCGUCUCACCUUGGCAACCUCAGCAACCUGACUGCCCUGCCCGGCCUGGAGCGCUUGGUGCUGCGAGCGUUGGCGCGGCGGAGCAUCAGGGCCUACCCCGCCCAGCUGGCCGGCCACGAGAUAUCCAAGCUGCCCAAGCUCAGAGAGCUUGUGCUCGACUGCAUUGAAUGCCCUCAUGGGCUCCAGUCAGACAGCCUGGAGCACUUGGAGCUGGUGAACAACUGCCUGCAGAAUGUGUUCACAGUGGCCGGACCCGGCUGCCCUCCGCGCCUGGCCUCCAUCCUUGUGCAGCAGCGUGGCCACGGCCGCGGCCACUCACCCGACACUGACCUGUCUCGCAUGUACUUGGGACUGCUGAUGAUAUCACAGCUGGGUAGCAGCAGCCUGCCCAAGAGGGUGCCCUCACUGGCCCGCAAGGGGUUCCAGCUCACUGGACAGAAGUGGAACAGCGCAGCUUCUAGGGGCCUGCUGGUGUCCACAAAGGGGGGCGCCUGGCAGUUCAGGGACCCACAGCCGGACUCUCUGCGCUCUCAGUGCCAAGCAACUGACGACUGCAGCCUGCAGUGCGCUGAGAACUUCUCAUUCCGCCUCAUGAGACAAUCCUGA